AUGGCGUAUCCAGGAAAGCCAAAAUACACACUUCUCAGCAGAAUGUACGGCGAACGGGAUGCAGACAAAGGCGAAGAAGAUGCUCCUUUCAUCUCAACCGGCAAUGGCACAAGCAGACAAAGAAUCCAGACCUCUCGAAUCGAGUUGGGUCUUCAAAUUGGCACAUUCGUCUUCACGGCAAUCAUCCUCGUUCUCUAUCUCAUCAACGGCUCACCUUUUCUCAAAUCUCACCCUGUUGGCGGAGAUGGUAUUCUACCCGUAGGCAUGUCCCGCGUGAAUCCCUCUACAGCGCAUAAACUCCAACCUUGCGGUCUCGAUUCUGAAACUGCAAAGGCGAAUGGCUGUAUCUUUGAUUUGAUGACCAUGUCUUGGCUCCAUCGAGACUGCUACGACGAUGAACUAUCUGAGGAGUUCCUUGAGGUGGCUUCAGAGCCAUUUUUCUACGAUAUGGAGGGAACGAAACCUGUUAAGGAUUAUAAAGAGUUGUCCGAGGUCAAGGUGAUGGUUUGGACCACGAGAAAAUACCAUAUCUUUCAUUGUUCUUAUGGAUGGAGGAUGAUGCAUCGGACAUUGUUGAGGGGGGGUGUUUUGGAAUCUGGAUUGACAUCUUACCAUCACACAGAGCAUUGUACCGAUCAGCUGAUGAAUCAGACUGCGUCCUUUGAUACAGUUAUGACUAGGAUCAAUAUCGACUUUCCAGAUUGCUGA